AUGUCUUGUUCCAAUUUCACUUCCACUUCCGACCAAAUCAUCGAACACAUCGUGCUUUACAAACUCAAGCCCGACGCUGAUCCUCCCGCCGUCAACGCCAUGCUCAGCAACCUCAAUAGACUUGCAUCCAUCGACUCAGUCCUCCAUCUCUCUGCCGGCCCCGUUUCCCGCUGCCGCUCCAACUCCCUUACCUUCACCCACAUGCUCCACUGCCGGUACCGGUCCAAACCCGACUUGAUUUCCUACUCGGAAAACCCAAACCACAUCAGCGUUGUCGCCGAUUACGUCAAGCCCGUCGUUGAUGACGUCAUGGCCGUCGAUUGGGUAGCCAAUGACUUCUCGUGUUCACCGGUGAUCCCUCCAGGAUCGGCCUUGAGGUUGACCAUUUUGAAGCUGAAAGAAGGCACGGGGGAGAGUGGGAAAAACGAGGUUUUGGGGUGUUUGAGGGGUAUCAAGCAGAAAUAUCCCUCAAUUGAGCAGUUGACGGUAGGGAAGAACUUCUCGCCGGGGAGGGCCAAGGGGUUUUCGAUUUGCUCGAUUGCGGUUUUCAAGGGAUUGAAGGAACUGGAGACCUUGGCAUCGGAAUCGGAGACUGCGGUUGAGCAGAUUAGCGAGUUUCUUGAUGGAGUGGUGGUGGUGGACGCCGUGGUGCCCGGGACUCUUCCAUCGGCAUGCCUAUAA